AUGUUGUCAGCGGACGGAAAUCAUACAACAUCUUAUGUUGCAUUCACUGAGAAUGAAAGACUUAUUGUUAAAGCAGAUAUUAAACAUUGGCCUUAUACUGUAAUUGAAAAGAUGACAAAACAAGAACUUGAAAAUUAUGUUUACCAGAUUGAAAAUACACUCAAUAAACCAAACGUUGCUUUGGAAUUAAAACGCAACAAUAAAGCAGGCGAGUGUACGUCGAGCUAUCAGACUUUACAUCCCAAUGCCUUUUGCAUUCCACCUUCCUACCAUGCUCAUUUUCCUGGUGGCCAGCUUACACCGAUUGGAACGGCCUGGUAUCUUUUCAAGACAGAGGAGGAUUUAAUGUCACUAAUUAUACUUUUCACCUAA